GCGAAUCGGUGAGCGCAUGAAACGACUUUCAGUCACUCCCAUUUGCGACAACAUGGUCGAGAACAAGGGCGACGUCGACGCCUACGCCAGCGACAGCCUCAACUUGGCUAUCACCAUCAGCUGGUACCUCAUCGAGGCCUACCGCGUCUUUCUCGAACCAAUCCUCUGCCAGCUCGGCCUGGUCACGCCUGGCUUUGGCGACCCGACGUAUGGAAGGGCCUCGCUGCCCCGCUCCGCAGACGAGCAGCGCUACAUCUACGACAAUCCAAGGGUCACGGUUGAGUCGCGCACCAUUCAUCUAACCGAGGAAGCUCUGCGAAAAGGAAAGAGCUGGGACCGACCAGAGUACAGCUUUGUUGCCUACUCGACCUGGCGCAUCGACGAGGCCUGGGAGCGAGAGAAGCAUAAAGCCUCGGUGGUUCUCCUCCAUGGCAUUAAUAAUUAUGGCGGGCGUGCUGCAGGCACUGGGCUUCACCACUGCGAGGCCGGUUUCCGUGUAAUCGCCAUUGAUCUACCCUCAUUUGGUCGAUCUUCCGGCCUGCACUCGUACAUUCCCUCGCUCAAGAUCCUCAUCGAGGCCACGCACUCGGUGCUGCAGGAUGUCAUCAAGCACGAUCCCCCACACUUGCGGGGCAACAAGUUCUUCCUUCAGGGCGAGAGCAUGGGCGGCUUCACGGCACUCUACUACGCCGCGCUGUACCCGCCGCUCUCGCCUCCCUCGCAGGGCGGGCCGGACCCCACCAAAUUGACGGAGAUUGAGCUGGACAGUGUUCGCCCCAACAUUGCGGGCAUCGCAUGCGCCGCGCCCAUGCUCGCCAUCAGCCCGCACUCACGACCGUCGUAUGUCCUCGAAACAAUCGCACGCGUCAUUGCCUUUUUCGCCGGUCGCCUGCCCCUGGCGGCAGGCGUCAAGGGAAACGUCAGCGACGACAUCCGGGUCGAGCAUGAGUUCCAUGCCGAUCCGCAGACCUACAAGGGCUACAUCCGGAUCGCCACAGGCCUCGCCAUCCUGCUGGGUCUCGAAGAGCUCCAAAAGCUUGCGCCCAAGAUUACAGUCCCCGUCUCUUUCCACCACGGUAAGAAUGACCGAGCGACGAGCUACCUCGGCACCCAGGCAUUCUGCGAGAGGGUCUCCUCACCCACGAAAUCAUGCAGGAUCUGGGACGGGUACGAGCACAUCAUGAUGAAGAACGUCAAGGGACAGUCCGAAGAGGACAACAAAAAGAGAAUGGCCGUUCUCGACGCCAUUACCGACUUCUUUAAAGAGCAGGCUCGAUCAUAGAUGCUUGCCCUAUGGGCUUUUGCUAGAAUACACGUGCAUGUCUGCUCUCUUUCUCUUCUUCCUCAAUCGAACAC